ACCUCUCCCCCUACCUCUGACACUAUUUCCCCCUCUGCCUCGACCACCACCUCUGCCUGCAGAGAUUUGCAAUGCCUGCUCUUCAUCUUUUUCUUGGGUGAAUUGCAUUCUUUGUUCAUGAACUAGUAGACUACUUUGUAAUUCAUCAAUGGUGAGUGUAGUGACAUCGUUGGACUCUUCAAUUGAGCAAACAACAUAAUUGAAUUUUGAUGUCAUGGAUCUCGAUUCAAGAUUGUUUCCAAGAUUGUGCGAUCAAUUGCUUGGAAUAGGUAGUUCUUGGCCUUCAAAUCAUUGAGCUUGCUUUCAUCAACAGUUUUUCUCUGUUCUGCAGUGGCGUUCGCAGGAGCUACAACAACACCAUCUUCAAUGACACUCCAAUAUUCCUUGGAAUGAAGCAAAUUCUCCAUAAGCAUGGACCAAUGAUCGUAAUGUCCAUCGAAUUUGGGUAUGGCAGGUUGCAUAAAGGACGAUUCCGCCAUUGAUUUGCAGAAGAACAAGCAGGAAUUGCAGAAGAACAAGCAAGAAUUGCAAGAAACGGGAAGAAGAUAAACAGAAAAUAACGGUUUUACACACGUGCGUAACAAACUGCGUUUGUUAUGCUUCAGGACCCUCUAAGGGCUCACUGAUACCAAUUGUUUAGUAAGGGUGUGAUUCUCAUUCAUUUACUGAUAGGCUACUGCCUUAUAUAGUUACAAGGACCAAUUUGUUAUGCAGGCAACUACACAUGCAUACAUGGCUAAGUCACUGUGUACACAAUGUCAUAAGAAUGUGUCCAACAUCUAUCCUUAAACUCUACUAGUCCUAACAACAACAACCGAAUGAAAAAAUAAUGUGAAGUGUUGAGAGUUAAAAAAGUGGUGUUGAGAGUUUAAAUCAUUGUGAAUGAUGUUGGAGGAGUAUCUAACUAAAAAAAGAAAGUAUCAGUAAAAAAAAACUAAAAGAAGAAAUUAUGUAACUAAAAUUAUGUAACUAUAAAGAUGGUUCUAGAAUCGUAAAAUCGUAAGUAAGAGCUGAGCCGCUGAAAGCUGAACUAAGCAAAGAGUAAAGUGGGACCAAUCUACCAGAUUCUUAAAAAAAAAAAAAAAUUAUCAAUUUAUUAUUUAAAACCUAAAUUCUUUUAACAGUUUGAUGUUAUAUUGUUGAGAUUCUCCAAUCGGAACGUAACCACACAAGUAAUCCAAACCCUUUUCUCUCCCUCUCUUGUCUCCAACGUCAGAUUAUUUUUUGUGAAGUGAAAUUUGAUUUGAGAAGAUGAGUGUGGUGGGUUUUGAUUUUGGUAACGAGAGUUGCAUUGUUGCGGUUGCUAGACAGAGAGGUAUUGAUGUUGUGUUAAACGAUGAAUCCAAACGUGAAACUCCUGCUAUUGUUUGUUUCGGUGAAAAGCAGCGUUUUAUUGGUACUGCUGGUGCUGCUUCAACUAUGAUGAAUCCUAAGAAUUCAGUUUCACAGAUUAAGAGACUUAUUGGGAAGAAAUUUUCUGAUCCUGAUUUGCAGAGUGAUCUUAAGUCUUUACCUUUUAGUGUCAGUGAAGGACCUGAUGGGUAUCCUUUGAUUCAUGCUAGGUAUUUAGGGGAAGUUAAGACGUUUACACCUACACAAGUGUUUGCGAUGAUGUUGUCGAAUAUGAAAGAGAUAGCUACGAAAAAUCUUAAUGCUGCGGUUCAUGAUUGUUGCAUUGCGAUUCCGGUUUAUUUUACUGAUCUUCAGAGAAGGGCUGUUUUGGAUGCUGCAACUAUUGCUGGUUUGCACCCACUUCGGUUGCUUCAUGAAACUACUGCAACUGCUUUGGCGUAUGGGAUUUAUAAGACAGAUCUGUCUGAAACUGAUCCUCUGAAUGUGGCCUUUGUGGAUAUUGGACAUGCUAGUAUGCAGGUGUGCAUUGCUGGAUUCAAAAAGGGGCAGCUGAAAGUGUUGGCUCAUUCUUUCGAUAGAUCUCUUGGUGGUAGGGAUUUUGAUGAGGUUUUGUUCCAUCAUUUUGCUGGGAAGUUUAAGGAGGAGUACAAAAUUGAUGUGCUUCAGAAUGCUAGGGCAUGUUUGAGGCUUAGAGCUGCUUGUGAGAAGAUGAAGAAGAUGCUCAGUGCAAAUCCUGUGGUGCCCCUGAAUAUUGAGUGCUUGAUGGAUGAGAAGGAUGUGAAGGGUAUCAUGAAGCGUGAUGAGUUUGAGGAACUGAGUCUCCCGAUUUUGGAGCGUGUCAAGGGACCUUUGGAGAGGGCACUUGCCGAAGCAGGACUCUCUGUUGAUGAUAUUCAUAUGGUUGAGGUCGUUGGUUCGGGCUCUCGUGUACCGGCUAUAAACAAAAUUUUGACCGAGUUUUUCAAGAAGGAGCCUAGGCGGACAAUGAACGCUAGUGAAUGUGUUGCUAAAGGAGCUGCAUUACAAUGUGCUAUUCUUAGCCCAACGUUUAAAGUGCGAGAAUUUCAGGUCAACGAAAGCUUUCCUUUCGCAAUUUCUCUUGCAUGGAAAGGUUCUGCUCCAGAUGCACAGGAUAGUGGACCUGAUAAUCAGCAGAGUUCCCUUGUUUUUCCCAAGGGUAAUCCCAUACCCAGUAUCAAGGCACUGACAUUCUACAGGUCAGGAACAUUUUCCAUUGAUGCACAAUAUAGUGAUGUGCCUGGGCAACAAACACCAGCAAGGAUCAGCACAUAUACCAUCGGUCCUUUUGAAGCUAAACAAAGCGAAAAGGCAAAAGUUAAAGUGAAAGUUCGUUUGAAUGUGCAUGGAAUUGCAUCUGUUGACCUGGCAACUCUCCUGGAAGAGGAAGAAGUUGAGGCUUCAGUUUCCAAAGAAUCAGCAAGCGAACCUAGUAAGAUGGAGGCUGAUGAAGCUCCUGCUGAUGCUGCUGCUGCACCUCCCAAUGGCAAUGAUACUGAUGUUAAUAUGCAAGAUGCAAAGGCUAAUGCUGAUACCCCCGGGGUUGAAAAUGGCGUCCCUGAUAAUGGAGAUAAGCCUGCACAAAUGGACGUGGAUGAUUCAAAGGUUGCGAAGAAAAAGGUUAAGAAAACAAAUGUUCCGGUGGCUGAGUUAGUUUAUGGAGCAAUGUCACCUGCGGAUGUCCAGAAAGCUUUGGAGAAGGAGUAUGAAAUGGCUUUGCAAGAUCGUGUAAUGGAAGAAACAAAGGACAAGAAAAAUGCAGUAGAGGCUUAUGUUUAUGACAUGAGAAACAAGCUUAAUGACAAAUACCAUGAGUUUGUCAUUGCUUCAGAGAGGGAAGGUCUUACAACUAAACUUCAGGAGGUGGAAGAUUGGCUAUAUGAGGACGGUGAAGAUGAAACUAAAGGAGUAUAUAUUGCAAAACUUGAAGAGCUCAAAAAGCAAGGUGACCCAAUCGAAGAGCGUUACAAAGAAUACGAGGAGAGGGGUUCAAUAGUUGAUCAGUUCAACUCUGUUAUAGCUAGUUACAGAGAAGCUGCAAUGUCGACUGAUCCCAGAUUUGAUCACAUUGACAUUAACGAGAAACAGAAGGUCUUAAAUGAAUGCGUUGAAGCGGAGAACUGGCUUAGGGAGAAGAAGCAGCAGCAAGACUCACUUCCAAAAUAUGCCAACCCUGUACUCUUGGUAGCUGAGAUAAGAAAGAAAACUGAGGCUGUCGAUAGGUUAUGCAAGCCAAUUAUGACAAAACCAAGGCCAGCCAAGCCAGCUGCUCCACAAGCACCGCCAAGCCCAGCUUCUUCGGGUUCGGAGCAGCAGCAACCUCCGGCAGAUGAGAAUGCCACCAAUGAGAAUACCGGGGAAGAUGGUAGUAAUCAGGCUUCAUCAGCAUCCACCGAACCAAUGGAGACUGAUAAGCCAGAGAAUGCCGGUUCUGCAUAAUUUUUGUUCUUGAUUUGGUCUCAUGUUCUUUCCAAGACUAGUAGUGUCUACUACAUUUUGUAUGAGCAUAUAUGAUUGUGAAUUGCCAGAAUUGGGGCUGGAAAAAGAGGCUUGGGUGGGUAGACAGUGAGUGGCCGCCGGUAUGUUUGAUGUGGAGCCCUCUCUGUUGGUCAGUUUUUACGUAAGUUUCAAUUAAUAUAUUUUGCCUUUGGAAUCCGGAUUUUUUACGGAAGGGUUUUGAAGAGAAAACAAUUGGUGUGGUCUGCCUUCCUAAAUUUGUGGUGGGAAGAGGCCAAAUUUACGCGCUUUAGGUUUAAAGAAUACAUUUGUGUACGAUUUCUUGAAGUUGAAUUAUAAUGGAUGUUUCCCAUUUUUGUGUUUCAA